CCCUCUGUACAGACGCCAGACAAGCGCCGGUUCGCUGCCCGCCCGCCAUAAAUUCUCUUUGGCCCACUGGCGUUAUCGUUUGCUGUAAACAAUUAUAUAUAUUUUCAUAAGCUGUUCUAAAAUAUCCGACAAUGUCUGAUGACGGAUCGACGACUGUUGAGAAGAAGGGACGCGGUAGAUCAAAAUCCAAUGGAACACAAUCAGAAGCCAAGGGUGAUUCUAAGAAGCGAGUGAGACCACCAGCAGCUACCAGGACUAAGGAAUCUACAAAGUCUUCCGAUGAUGAGCAAGCUCCGGUAGCAAAACGGGGUCGGGGCAGGCCCAAAGGUUCUAAGAAAAAGGCAGCUGCAAAAGGAAAGAGUGCACCGGUUGAAGGAAGGGGACGUGGACGACCCCGCAAGGAACCUCCUCCUAAAAAAGAUGCUGCUUCUACUGAAGAGGAACAAGAUGAAGAUGAUGAGGAUGAAGGGUCUGAGGAGCAGUAAUAUGUGUUCUGUUUUCUGACAAAACACUUAUAGUGUAAUUUGUUUGUCAUGAUAACUCUUGCGUGUGUCUGCAAUACACUCAUUUUGUUGUAGAUCUUUACAUUAUUGCAUUUAUUAAAAACCUUUUUGGAUAAUAUUGCACAUAGGGUUAUCUUGACAGUACAAAAUUCUCAUCUGAGAUUGUCUACCCAAAUUUGAAUCAUGUGAGAAUUUAAGAUUAUGUCAAAUGUAAUAGUUGCUUAAGAGAAUACUAUCUUCUGUGUGAUUAAAAUGCAUUUACUCGAAAUAUUUAGGAAAUUAAAGAAUAAUCUCACUUGAAAAAAUUUGGGAUGACUUAGCUCUCCCUAGAAACGUACAACUUUUAAGAUUUAAUUUGUAAGGUCUUUUUUGUAGAGUUAUUCAAAUAGGUAUUUUGUAAUCUCUUGAUUUAUAAUUCAUACAAUUUUGUAGAUUUUAAUUUGACUUCAAAGUCAAGUAUUAUUUUAUAUAAUAAUAAAUAUUAUGUUCACUUUUCAAUAUAAUCUUAUUUUUCCCUUGAUGUAUUUAAUAUUUAGAUACACUUGUGACAUUUAUUGUGAAUGGUGUUACUUGAUAUCCGUAUGUGUUCUAAUUGAUAAAUCAAUUUUUGGUAACAUUGCUGUUUGACAAACUAGGAUCAUGUAGCGGUAUGGGUAGUGCCAUUUUGUAUCAACUUUUUUUUUAUAUUUGGGCAGACUGAACUUGUGUUUUAUUGACAUUUAUUGUGUGUAUGUGCGUGAAUGUACAAGUUUAGAGCAAAAUAUAAAUAAAUCUAUUAAAGGCU